CCUUUCCUAUGUGUUCAGGUUGAUUUCGCCCAUGUCACAUGAUUAAACUGCGAGCGCUGUUGUUUUCUUUCAGAGAUAGUUACCUUUCUUUUGCAACGUAAUAAAAAUGACGCUUCAAGAACAGUUCUGCAACAUUAAAUUUUGUCAGCGUUUAAGUAAAACACCUAUGGAGACUUUAAAAUUGCUAAGAAAGGUUACAGUGAUUUUACCAUGGCGAAAUCAAAGCUGUACAAAUGGCAUCGGCGUUUUAAAGAGGGCUGAGAAUCCAUCGCAGACGAUGAACGUUCUUCGACUUCACAGAACAAGGAAAAUGUUGAGUUGGUCUCUCAAUAUGUUCUCAAAGAUUGUCGCCAAACCCUUGAAAAAAUUUCUGCAGCUACUCACUUAUCAGAGACUAGUUGCCAGCAUAUUUUAACAGAAAAUCUUAACAUGCACCGAGCAAAGGAAAGGUCAUGAUAAAGGUGUUUUUUUUUUGAUUCUCAAGGAAUUGUUCAUUUACAAUUUAUUCCCGAAGGCAAAACAGCAAACAAGGAGCAUUAUCUAGACAUUUUAUGUCAUUUGAGCAAAUUCAUUUGUCGUAAAUGGCCACAGAUCUGGCAAAGUGGAGACUGGUACCUUCUGCAUGACAACUCAAAUUAAUGUGCUUCCACACCCCGCCUUUUCACCGGACUUAGCCCCGUGAGAUUUUUAUUUGUUUCCAUCAAUGAAAAAGCAUUUGCAGGGACGCUGUUUUGUGUCAUCAGAUGAGGUGAGAGCAGCACCGAAGGAGGCCUUACGGAAGGUUUCAAAAAAUGGCUUCCAGCGGUACUUCCAGAAGUUAUACGAGUGCUGGCAAAAGUGUAUUGUUGCCCAAGAUGAUUACUUUAAAGAUGGUUGGUUAUGCAUCGGCAAUAUAAUCUUUUUAAGGUAAGGAAUUUUAAGCCAAGUCCCCAAACUUUUGGAUCGUACUACGUAUAUGUAGGGAAACCCUGGCUAUCGCAGUUUCAAUUAAUAAGGUUCUCAAAUUAUUACAGGUACUGAUUAUGUUCUAAAAUCCUGAAUAUUUCUUCAAAACUUUGAGAUUUUGUAGCUUUUUUGUGACAAAUGACUGUUUUAAUUAGAAUUUCUAAGUUCAAAGUAUGAAAUGUUGGGUUCUUGUUUUUUAAUGAUUUCAUGAUGUGAUAUGUUUUUGGCAUUCAAUCCAGUUUGUUUUUCACUUAAUGCAUGCAGAACCCAAACAUCAUUUCUUUUGCAACCAUACCAAGACAAAGGGUUUUUACAAUGCUUAUUUGCAAUGUAAUGAGAGUUACUGUGAAUUCCUGAGUAGUUAUUCAAUAAAUUUUUGAAAUUUCUGUCUGUAACAUUUUUUCAUUGACAGCUUUUCAAAAAGUGCUGGGCAUGCACCCAAUAUGUUUUGAAUCCCUUCGAUCAAAAUUUCCUGAUUGAGAUUAAAUUUCAACUGGUAGCACCGAAAAAGUUUGCAAUUUAUUUUGCUACAUAAAUCUUCAAUUUAAAAUUUUGUCAAUCAGUACAGUUUUGUGAUUCCAGCCUGUGGACCAGAGGUGUUUUCAAUAUUUAAAGUAUAUUAUCCACAUAACCUAUGUAAGACUUAGCAAGGCAAUUGAAAAACAAGAAUCUUUGAUAGAUUUUUGUGAAAAUUCUAGCAUAAAAAUGCUCUUCAAAACAUUAAUGAAGCAUGGAAAGAAGUUAUGUUAAUUGAUAUGAGAGCUGUUCAGCAAAAACUUAUUCUUGAAUGUGCAAAUGAUUUUGAAGGAUUUGACUCCGAAAUUAGUGGUACAAUAGAAGAAAUUAUAUUGGAUCUAGGAGUAUAGAUAAGGAAAAUAUUCAAGAAUUGCAUCAGUCUCAUGACUUGAUAUAAGAUAACUCUAGACAAAUUUAUGUCAACAGAAAUUUUCACUGCAAAUAAAGCAAGUUAUAUAUCACUGUUUUCUAUUGUAUUGAAAUUGGAAAGCUCUUCAGUUGCUGUGUUAGGCUCAUUUGCAUCUUCCCACAUGCAGUCAUAACAUUCUGUCUAAAACAUUGGAAAUAUAACAUUUCUUGAAGGAGUCCACACAACUUUUUCUGGAAUUUUCAUCCAAGUACUUAUGACAUAAUAGACACAAGAUUGAGCUAAGUUGACCCCUUAAAUAUUCUCUAUUACUAAUAUUUGUCUAAUAAAAUCACUAAAAUGAUACAAUGGAAUUAAUGAUAGAGAAAUAAGAUGCAUGACUCUAGAGGUUACUAAUUAAGACAAAUUAUAUCCAAUCUAAGAUGCUAAAAUCUGAAAAAAGUGAAUCUUAAAUUUGAGUAAAUACAGUAUAUGACAAUUGAGUAACUAAACUUGUACACAUUAUAUGUUGUAGUAUAUUCACAAUAUUUUAUCUUUAAUAUCUGUUUAUUCUAAUAAAUCUGUAAUUUAUAAUAUAACCAGUUUUGUUCUCAAAUAAUUUACUUUCAACGAUCAAAUACUUUUUCAGUCCAAGAAAUCCUGAAGGCCACACGACAAUAUGGGUUGGAAACGUGCGCCAGGAUGUUACAGAUAAAAUGUUGAUUAAUUUGUUCACAAAAUUUGGAGACGUUAUUAGUUUACGUGUUUUACGAGAAAAAUAUUGUGCAUUUGUUAAUUAUACUAAUAAAUGGUCUGCUGGGAGAGCUAUGAAGGCUUUACAAGGAUAUAAAUUAGCAGGACAGAAUCUUGUGAUACGAUAUCCAAACAAUCCUCUGCCUCCUAAGACAAUUGUUGCAAUUACUAAGAAAACAAAAUCAGGUGACAAGCCUGUUAUUACGAAAGCACCCCUAACGAGCAAAGUAAGUGGACCAGUCAACGGAAACGAAUGCUAUUUUUGGAGAACCACGGGUUGCGUUUACGGUGACAAAUGUCUCUACCAUCAUAUAAAACAGAACAAAGGAAUAGAUAAAAAAGCCUGGCACGAUAAAAAAUAAUAUAUUUUCCAUAUUUUAGAUUAUAAAAAAAAUUUAUAAACCCAACAAAAUACUAUUUGAAAAAUUUUGUACCAAGCCAAACGUUUUUGUCGUUUUUUUUUUUUGUUUUCUUUUGUUCGGACUUCGUCUCCAUAUUUUGGGAUUCAAAAAAUAUCCAAUUUUAUCGCAUGUUAUUGUUUUAAACGUUUCCAAAAGUUCAACAUUACUUAAAAUAUUUUAAAAUAAUUAUAAAAAAAAUAUAAACAAUUUCGGUUGGUGACGUGUCCGGAUAACUUCACGUGGCAAAAGUCCUUUGUUUUGUUCUGUACGCGCUUUCUGCCUGGAAUUUUAUUUUUAUUUAUUUAUUUUAAUGAUUUAUCGGUCAAGAUGAACAUUGAAUGACUGUACAGACAAGUUUUGCUACUCAGAUUUUCUUAUUCUUUUCGCUCUUUCUCACUCGUAACAAAUUUUCCUGUGGUCGAUCCGAAUGUGCCCUAAAGAUUUCACACAAACAAAAUAUUUAUACAAAUAUCUACCGCUAUUUUCUCAAUGGUAUGUAAGAUACAAAGUUGCAUUUAUCAUUUGUUUUUUUUUUUUUUUUCAAAAAAAUACUUGAAUUUUGGUGUAAGUACAAUUUUUGUUUCUCUCGCUUUAGCUGUAAGUUUAGUCUCUUUUAUAAAUUUAAUUUUAUUAUGAUAUACUUGAAAAUAGUAAUAAAGUUAUAUGUUGUUUAUAA